UAUAGGGUCCCCUCUAUACUCUGUUUCCCUUUGCGGCGUUGUCCAUAGAAAUCUUUUUUCACGGGAAAGAUUUUCUCUUUUGUUUUGGCUAAACAAUGGGUACUUUGGAUUCUCCAAAUGCCGAUUCUGAUGUCGAAACGAAUCCUAACCCGAAUUCCAAUUCUUCAAAAGCUAUAAUCCCAUCUCCAUUUAAGUCCGGUGGCGUUUGCCUCCUGCAGUGUGCUGGAGACUCCGUCGCUGGUGCCUUCAUGGGAUCCAUAUUCGGCUACGGUUUGGGAUUGUAUCAUAAGAAGGGCUUUAAAGGAUCCUUUGUUGAGUCAGGAUCAUGUGCCAAGACAUUUGCAGUUCUGUCAGGUGUACACAGUUUGGUUGUUUGCUUUUUGAAGAGGCUGCGUGGAAAAGAUGAUGUGAUUAAUGCUGGAGUAGCUGGAUGUUGCACUGGACUUGCUAUAAGUUUUCCAGGUGCUCCCCAGGCACUUCUACAGAGCUGUCUCUCAUUGGGAGCAUUCUCGUAUAUCAUUGAAGUGAUAAACAAGCAGCAGCCAGCUCUGGCACACUCAUUUUCUGUGGGAAGCAAUGCUGCAUGCUACAAGGGGUUUCAGCCCUUGGCAUUGCCCCUCGCUCUCCCUAUCCCAGAGGAACUCAAAGUUGCUUUCUCGUCCUUCUGCAAGUCCUUAACGAAACCCCACAAGGGCAGGUUCCCCACUGUUCACUGAUGAUCUUGGAGACCAAUCAUAUUAAAUUUAAGUUAUAUCUAGUUCUGUAGAAUGAUGAUGUCAAGAUGUUGUGUACAAAUUUUUUUUUUCUUCUUGAGAUUUUGAAGCUUGUUGCAAGCAGAAUUUAUGAAAUGGUUUCUGUUUCUGUCAUCUUUUUUUUUUUUGGGUAAAGAGAAGAUUAAAUAACUAGAGCCAAA